AUGGCUUAUCCCUAUUCUGUCGCUCCCCACCUGGAGUACUUGAACGUGCCUUUUGGGGAAUUUGCUGCGGCCCGACGCGAGUUCGACGCAUUUGGCGUGGGCGGCUACAUCUUUGCCCAUCCUGCACCCCAAGCCGACAAUAGCUCGAUGCCCCGGGUCUUGCUGAUCCAAAGGGCUAUGACUGAUUCCAUGCCGGGCUGCUGGGAAGGGCCUGGUGGUGCAGCCGAGCCGCACGAAGAUCGAACUCUCUUGGAUGGCGUGGUGCGUGAAGUCGUCGAGGAGACCGGUCUCCACGUCUCUCGCAUUGUGGAACUCACUUCUGUCCAUGUUUGGUUUCAUGCGCGGCGGGGUAUCCGCAUAGCCAAGUACAACUUUAUUGUGGAGAUUCACGAGGCAACGCGACUGUCGCCGGAGGGGACAGUCGAGAUUGUACCGGCGGAGCAGAUCCCGGUCGAAUUGGACGCCAACGAGCACUCGGCCUUUGACUGGGUCCUUGAAGAUGAGCUCCAGCAGUCGCUCAAUAGUAAUGGCUGUGGGAAAUAUAACUUUGGUCCCUCGAUCAUCGGUCAUACAGCGCAGGAUGUCACGAGAGCUUUCUCGUUGGUGAAGCGAGCAUCGCGUCCUCGAGUUGGUGACGACUGA